AUGGACAGUCCGCCCCAGUCUCAUGUUCGAGGCAACGACGAUGCUCUGCUGGCCAGCUUGGGUUACAAGCAGGAAUUGAAGCGCGACUUUUCAGCUAUUCAGAUAUUCGGGAUUAGCUUCAGCAUCAUCGGAGUAUUGCCUUCUGUUGCAUCUGUGCUGGUAUAUGCUAUUCCGAACGGAGGAGCCUCUGCAAUGGUUUGGGGGUGGGCAACCUGCUCGAUUUUUCUAGUUUUUAUCGCAAUGGCAAUGGCAGAGCUUGGCUCUGCUGCACCCACUGCUGGUGGCUUAUACUUCUGGACCUUCACUUAUUCCCCACCACGGUAUCGCCGACUAUUGUCUUGGUUAGUCGGGUACACGAAUACCAUCGGAUAUAUAGCUGGAACAGCAGGUGUUGACUGGGGUUUGGCUGUGCAGAUAAUGGCACUCGCUAGCAUUGGAUCUGAUCUGUCUUUUACUCCUACAGUGUCUCAAACUUUUGGCGUGUACUGCGCCCUGUUAUUUUGCCAUGCGAUCAUAUCGAGCAUGGCAACGAAAAUUGUCGCCAGACUGCAGAACAUAUACAUAGCCCUGAACAUAUUGUUACCCUUGGCUGUCAUAGUUGCUCUGCCGAUAGCCACGCCAACAGAAUUCAAGAACUCUGCAGGAUAUGCAUUCGGUGAUUUCCAAAACACGUCGGGAUGGCCUGAUGGAUUUGCUUUCAUCCUAAGUUUUUUGGCACCGCUAUGGACGAUCGGUGGGUUUGACAGCAGUCUCCAUCUCAGUGAGGAAGCCAACAAUGCUAGCUUCGCCGUCCCAUUCGCUGUGAUGUCUGCGACUACCCUUGGAUGUCUAUUGGGAUGGGGAAUUGUGGUGGCCUUGGCUUUUAACAUGGGCUCAGAUUUAUCUUCCAUAGUCGACAAUCCUGUGGGGCAACCAUUCGUCACCAUAUUUCUCAAUAGCUUUGGAAAGACUGGAACAAUAGCAAUCUGGUCGUUUAUUAUUAUUGCUCAAUUUAUGAUGGGUAGCAGCUCGCUCACCGCUUCUUCUCGACAAACAUGGGCAUUCGCUCGAGAUGGCGCCCUCCCCUUCUCGAGCUAUCUGUAUCGCAUAAACCCAUAUACCGGUACACCUGUGCACUGUGUAUGGUUUUCGGCCUUUUGCGCGUUUCUGCUUUGCUUGCUAGCUUUUGCUGGCACAGCGGCAAUCGGUGCUGUUUUCACCUUGGGAGUGGUGAGUCAGUACAUCGCAUACUCGAUACCCAUCACAGCCAGAGUGCUAUAUGGAAAACAGUUUAAGCCAGGCAGGUUUAAUCUAGGCGCAUAUAGCCGUCCAGUUGCUAUUAUCGCGGUAGUCUGGAUGACGUUCGCGUGGAUCGUCCUCUUGUUUCCAACCGCGCCGGCCCCGACAACGACAACGAUGAAUUACGCAGUAGCGGUCAUGGGUGGCACUCUGGUGCUUGCAACGAUAUACUAUUUCUUCCCGAAAUACGGUGGCGUUCACUGGUUUGAAGGUCCUCUUGCGAAUAUCCAUGCGUCAUCUCUUGGACAGACUGUUUCAGGGAAGGUGUAG